AUGAAAAAGAAAAUUGUAAAUACUUAUAUGUUCCACCCCACCCCCCAAUCGCCCGUCUACAGAAACCGGGUCACCGCCGUCGAAUCGCCUGGUAAUAAAUCGUCCAUUUCAUCAUCCGACAAAGACGACGACCCACUCCAGAAAUUCUUGAAAAGAGACUACAAAUGGAGCUCCACUCAGGAAAUCGACUCGUUCACCAUUCACAAGGGUCUGUUCGAAACUAUAAGGUUAAUCUCCUCGAGGAAAGAAGACUCCGUUUGGAUACUGGAUUUCAGAUUAAAAUAUUAUUCGAAAUUUAUGAUUAUGAGGCAGCGCCAAUGGUCCGACACAAUUAGUACCCUAGAAUCAAUUUCCAGGAAAUUUGCUACUACUCGGAGCCCAAAAAAGAAACCGACUUUGAACUCUCUUGCUGAGGCCGAUGUCAGUUUCGAAGAUGAGCUGGUUGAAUGA